AGAAAAGGGGGUUGAAGGUGGAGGUGGUGGUUACGCAGCAGAAAGAACAUUUGGAAUCGAAAGAAGAGUCAGUUAUGGGCGGUGCAUUGUGGGGGACGCGCGUGAUGGAGAUCGUGAAGAAGCAUGACUCCGGUGGACUCGUUUGGAAGAGAAUUAAACUCACCACCACCCGGAAGGCCAACGCCAAGAAGCGACUCCUCCGCGUUUGGCAGAAUGAAGCUGUCCUGAAAGCAUGUUCUGAAUCUGCUCCCGCUCCUAUUCCUACCACUGCCAACAACUCCUGACGGAAGCUUGUUUCUCGUCACUUAAUCCAUUUUUCACUCCAAAACCAAUUUGUAACCCCCAAACAUCCUACUCCAUCUCUACUUUUAUAAACUGUUUUGUAAUCUGUGGUUCUUAAUAUAUUUUGGUAGUUAUUCUUACUGAUUUAGAUUCUAAUGCUAUUAUUAUCGUCUUU